AUGGAACUGACCGGGAGCCAGCAGCGCGCGUUCUCAGCCGUGUGUUUGACUUCACAUGCAGGGCGUAGUCUUAGCAGCGAGCCAGCCGCGCGUUUCAAAGCCAUUUCAGCGCGGCGCUCGCUGGAGACGAGGACCACGGAUCUCCCGGGGAAGGAGCCCUCGUUCCUCCGGACGAUGGUGCUGGACAAGGAGGAAGGUGUGCCCAUGCUCUCCGUCCAGCCCAAAGGGAAACAGAAGGGAUGUGCUGGCUGCAAUCGUAAGAUUAAAGACCGCUACCUGCUCAAGGCCCUGGACAAAUACUGGCAUGAAGACUGUCUGAAAUGUGCCUGCUGUGACUGCCGCUUGGGGGAGGUGGGCUCCACCCUGUACACCAAAGCCAACCUCAUCCUGUGUCGCAGGGACUACCUAAGGCUCUUCGGGACAACAGGGAACUGUGCAGCCUGCAGUAAACUCAUCCCCGCCUUUGAAAUGGUGAUGAGAGCCCGAGAUAAUGUUUACCAUUUGGACUGUUUUGCCUGUCAGCUUUGUAACCAGAGGUUUUGCGUGGGCGACAAGUUUUUCCUAAAGAACAACAUGAUUUUGUGUCAAAUGGACUAUGAGGAGGGUCAGCUGAACGGCAGCUUUGAGACGCAGGUGCAAUAG